CUGUACAUUCAAACUGGCACAGUAAACACAGCGGAAAUAAUUUUGUGAGUGGACGUUGCUUACGCCAUCUUGAGAAGAAUUGGGUGUUGCAUUAUUGCGUCGAUUAAUAUUGACGUGUACUCUAAAUUUCAUUGAGCUUAAACCAGUAAAAUCAACAGAGAAGUGAAUUUAAAAUGGCUGACGAGCUUGAUGUUGAAGCCAUGCUGGAGGCCCCUUAUAAAAAAGAAGAAGAAGGAAAAAUAGAAAAAUCAUCAUCAUCCUCAAGAAAAGAGAAAAAGAAAAAGAGAAGUCGGAGCAAUAGCCGUGACAGAAGCAAGGGCAGGAAAAGAUCUCGUAGUCGUGAGAGGAGAUCGAAAAGUCGAGACAGAACUUCUAAAAGUAAAGAUAGAAGGUCGAGAAGUAGAGACAGAAAAUCUAGAAGUCGUAGUAGAGAUAGAAGACGCAGGGAAAGAGAACGAGACAGGCGCCGCAGUAGAAGUAGAGACAGAGAUGCAGAUCGAGACAAACGUAAACGAAGUAGAUCCCCUAGGCGUAAAAGAAGCAGAAGUCCACUUAGAACCGAAAUUCCACGAGUGGAAAGGCAAAGAGAGCCAGAGCUUACCCCCGAGGAAAGAGAUGUUCGGACUGUCUUUUGUAUGCAACUGUCAGCACGUAUACGACCUAGAGAUUUGGAGGAGUUUUUUUCUUCCGUCGGAAAAGUGCGAGAUGUUCGUCUUAUUACAGACAACAAAACUAGACGUUCAAAGGGAAUAUGCUAUGUAGAAUUUGCAGAUCCAGAGUCUGUGCCUUUAGCCAUUGGGUUAUCUGGCCAGAAAUUGCUUGGUGUUCCUAUAUUGGUGCAGCCAUCACAGGCUGAAAAAAAUAGAGCUCAGCCAACAUCUACCCCUGUUCCACAAAAGCCAAGUGAAGGUCCAAUGAGAUUAUAUGUUGGAUCCCUGCACUUCAACAUAACAGAAGAUAUGCUUAGAGGAAUAUUUGAACCAUUUGGGAAGAUCAUUGACAUAAAAAUAAUGCGAGAUCAUGAAACACAACGUUCACUUGGAUUUGGAUUCAUUAGUUUUGCAAAUGCUGAUGAUGCAAAGAAAGCUUUGGAUCAACUUAACGGGUUUGAGUUGGCUGGUCGCCCUAUGAAAGUUGGCCAUGUAACGGAACGUACAUCAGAAAAUGGGCAACCACCUGGCCAAGGACAGUUGGAUACAGAUGAAAUGGAUAGGGCUGGCAUUGAUCUUGGUGCCACGGGGCGUUUACAGCUUAUGGCUAAAUUGGCAGAAGGAACUGGUUUCCAGAUUCCCCAGUAUGCUGCAAAUGCUCUUAACAACUUGACUCAUGCCGGUACUAUUGGUGGUAUUCCCAUAAAUCCUCAUGCACCUUUGCCAUUACAAGCAGGGCUACAGUCAAACCUUGCUGCAACUCCUGGCUCUGCUGUUGCACAGCACAUUCAACUAAAUGCACCUCCAAUAGCUACACAAUGCUUUGUGUUAUCAAAUAUGUUUGAACCUACCACUGAAACAAGAUCAAACUGGGAUCAAGAAGUUCGAGAUGAUGUCAUAGAUGAAUGCAAUAAACAUGGGGGUGUUCUACACCUUUAUGUAGAUAAAAAUUCUCCUCAAGGAAAUGUGUAUGUUAAAUGCCCCAGUAUAUCUGCAGCUGUAGCAUCUGUAAAUGCAUUGCAUGGACGCUUUUAUGCAGGACGUGUAAUAACAGCUGCAUAUGUGCCUCUCCCUAACUAUCACAGUCUGUUUGCAGACUCUGUGAGAGCAAAUCAACUCCUCAUGCCAUCAUCACAAGCAUUAUCAGCCUCUUAUCAAACUGGAUUUAUGGCCCAACCGCCAAUGCGAUAGAAAACCACUUUGGCAUCUGUUCAUUUUUUAUUUUGUAAAACACUAUCUCAAGAUUAAAUAUUAAUUUUUUAAUUGGUGUUUAGUAAGCAGAAAGAAUAUUCAUAAAAUAUUAAGCAAAGGAGAUCACUUAAUAUUAGGAAUAGGAAUUAAAAUAAUUAUGUGUAUUAC